GACUUUCCAUUGGACAGCGGAAGAGAACUUCGAGAGCAUUGUAGAAAGCAAUCUCCGCGUUCCGAGCGCAGACCCUGCGGGUGUCAAGAAGAAGCAUGGUGCAGCAUUUGGUCGGGGGAUCUACACCUGUCCGGACUACAAGAUGGCCAAGGAGGACUUCUCCUACGGUGCCAGCGCCACGUUCGCCUGUUUGGCCCUGGUCGGGCGGCAGAAAGUCAGGCACCAUGGCAAGGGUCACGGGCUCUCCGAGAGCCACGGAGCGGAGUUCGACAGCGUCCUCGGCAGGAUGCCUGGUAGGAACUGCGCUACCUGGGUGCUGCCUGCCAGCGACCAGAUAUUGCCAUGCUUCCUGGUGGAUGAAGUCGCUUUGCCUGCGGCUGUCGCGAAGCUUCGGCAGGCAGUGGCCCUGAUCCGGGAACCCUGGCCGACCAAGCCGACAUCUCCUCCGAGGGAAGCACCAGAAGAGGACCAGCACCUUGCCCAAUUCCAAAAGCUU